GGUCGUUGCCCAUUGCUGUGGCAAUAUUUUGCAAUAAUAAUCUCAGGUUCUCUCAGGUUCAGAUAGUUGCUAUUGGCAGUUGCUAUCCUCGCUUCCUCGCAUCUUUCCGAAGUUUAUGAUCAGGUCUGAGGGUGCGCCAUUUUCAGUUCUUAUAAAGGAUAGCCAAACCUCCCUUUUCAAAUCCUCAGAGCUGGUCUCUUACUGCCUCCACGCACAACUUAUCACAAACGACUUUGGUGUUGUGCACCUGGCAAUCAUAUCAAACAAUCUCUCACGCCGCUGAAAAUCUAGGAUGGUUCUGUCGCGUUCUGUUCUCAUCGCCUUCCUCGUGCUUGGCACUGCUUUUGUGCUCGCUGCCCCCGUCCAUGAGGGUUCUAAAACAGGAACAGUCCUAGCAUCUCGAUGUGCAGUCAACCAACCCUUGAAAGGUCAGCAUAUCGCAGGUAGUAGACGUAGCCCGCCGGACCAAGAUGAACACCUUCCGAUUGAUUUCCUUGCGGGUCUUCCACAAUCGGCGCUUCAGAGCAUGAUUUCACACAUCCAAAACACUCCAGGAUAUGUUGAUUGUAAGAUGAUUGUGGACAAAAUGAUCACAGACUGGAGGGCAGAUCCCAAUAAUACAGAGCUUAGGAGUGAGAUUGCAUACUACUGGGACAAGUUUGUACAAGGAGGCAAAGGUUUCACGCAAGAAGUUGCUGAAAUGAGACAGAAAUCCGAGCAUUAUGGAGACUCAGCCAGAUCUGGUUAAUCCGGUCAUCAAGCGCGCACAUACGACGAUCUCGAUCAUGCUCACAGGAGUUAAGAUUGCUUUGAACGUAGCUUUCCAAUGACCAAUUUUUGUUGUAGCCUGCCAGUGUAUGAUAUUACUUCGUUGGGUAUUUCAUCAGGAAAAAAUGAACUCUAUGGUGCAUGUCACCUAACUGCCACUACCUGUGUACUAGCGUGGGAAUAUUACAUAAGCGGCA